AUGCAAAAUGACGUAUCACAUUUACCAUAUAAACUUAUCUUUCAUAAAACACAUGGAGAUGAUUGUGAAUAUACAACAGAUGAGGGUAUAUUAGAUUUAAAAGCAUUCGGUUAUAAAAAUCGACCAAAAUACGUUGAUGUACGUGAUUCCGUUUCAACGAAUCUUGUAACAUAUUCUUUUAAUGGCUGUUUUGCUUAUUCAACAAAAGAUGCUUGUCAAAACGCCGCUGCCUGUAUUACUGACGAAAUAUCGAAAAAAGAUAGAUUAAUUGCUCGACAAGAAGGUCGAUCAUUUACGCAUACACAAGGUGUAUCAACAAUUAUCUAUACAGAUGGAGCUAGUAUUAAAGUACAAGUUUUUCUUCUAUGUUCAACAAGUGAAUCAAUGAAAGCUCAGAGAGCUGAUGAUAAUAAUUAUAUAAUACAAAUUGAAAGUAAAUGUGCUUGUCCUGGUAAAUGUACUUAUAAAUCGAAUGGUUUAACAGGUGGAGCUGUGUUUAUAAUAAUUUUAAUUUGUAUUAUUACAACUUAUCUUAUUAUUAGUAUUAUUUUUCUUCGAUUUGUUAAACAUGAACAAGGUAUUAAUCUUAUACCAAAUCGAACCUUAUGGUUACAGAUUGGAGCUGAUGCAAUGAAUGGUGUUAGAUUUACUGUAUCGAAAGUUAGAGGACGAGAUUCAUAUGAAAAACUUUGA